AUGCUCUGUUGCUCUUGUAUUGCUGUAUGGCUGACUGUUGGCAGUGUUAUUGCGUACUUUCUAUUCUUCAGAAAGAACAAAAAACAGGUUGAACUACGUAAGCAUGACUGGAAGCCCGACACCGUUUAUCUCUAUCAAUUCCCUCGAACAAAGACGAUACCAAAUUUAUCUCCGUUUUGCGCGGUUACAUUGGGCUCAUGCCAAUUUCUGGUUACGGUAUGGCCACUAUAUGAUGGGACGAUGCGAAGAAAUCGUGCCUUACUACCGUUCGUCGAGCUGAAUGGGGAACAUAUCGCCGAUUCACAGAUCAUUAUCAAUCGCCUCAAGGAUCAUUUCAAUGUGAAGGCGGAUGUACCGCGAUUCAAGGCUAUCGAAGACAAGAACGAUGAGUUUCUGAAAAUGCUUCUUCGAGAACUUGGUUGCCCGGCUGCUGUACUACCCAUUCUAGUUCGUCCUGCCGCAUGGCUGCUCAGACCAAAGGCCAACAAACGCAUCGCCGCUGCUAUUGGUCAGUUCCCAGUUGAAGAUUUCGAGAGUUUUCUACACAAGGACUUCAGUACAUAUCGAGAUCUGCUCGGUGACAAGAAAUUCUUUUUCGGUGACGAAAUGAGCACGAUGAUGAAGUACAUUUCGAGUAAUUUCAGGCCGACUGUACAGUAUUUUCACAACUGGCUACAAUUUCUGUAUAUUCCUCCAAACAACUAUGCCAAAGAGAUGCUCCGGGAACAGUACCCUGAGCUCGUCACUUACUGCGAUCACAUUCGAGACUCAGUUUUCGGAGAGGAAUUCGCCGAGUAA